AUGGAGGAAUACACAUUUCUAGUGCUGUGUAUUAUGGCGAUAAAUUCCCUCAAUAGGCCGUUAACAGCUUUUGGACAGUCCAUCACUAUAACAGGAACAAGCACAAUUCUUCCGUCAUCAUCUGAACUGAAAAUUACUUGUCAACCAAGCACAGUUGGUAUAAACGAUGUCAAUAGUAUUGCCAUUAUGAAAAAUACCAGCACUACAGAUUAUACAGUACUAGUGUCUGUUUCCUAUGAUAAAUCCUCAGGAUCAUCAGUAUACUCGUGGGGUACAACAGGUCAUCAGAACAGACAAGGGGUGACAGUGACGGGAAAUGUGGACACGCUAGCUGGUGCUCAGCUCGUAUUAACUAUUGCAGCUAAUUGGACGACAUGUAACGAUGGUGGAGCCUAUCAAUGUCAGAUGGGAGUCAGUCUGAUAGGUGGUAGUGGUGGGACAGCUUCUGAUGAUAAAUAUGUCACUGCUAAAGUUCCGCCAACUUAUACAAACCCUCUGUUCAUGACACCUUCACCCGAUGUGGCCGAUCAGUAUUUUUCUGUGGGAAUUACGCUGACACUCUCCUGUACCGGUACGGUUGGCAGUGACAAGAAAAUGCACACGUGGUGUUACAAGCGAGCUGGUAGCGAUGAAUUCACAGUCUUUCCGAAAGGAGAAUACAUUGAUCAGGGUGAGGAUGGUUUGAUCCAAGAUGGCUGUAACUACAGACGUAACAGUACACUUACAUACAACGUCACUUCCGCCGAUACCAACACCACGUUCAUGUGUGAACCUUUCAGUGGAAGUAUAUGUGGCUCAAGCGCAGCAGAACUGAAGUCUUUUCAUUCCAUCAGAAACUGUAAGUAUUCAAUUAUUGACAUACACGUUGGACUUACAAAUAAUCGUCAGAAUAUUCGCAUUUUCCCGAUUGCUUUUCAAACAGAGUCGAACCUUAUUAUCUAA